CGCGUCGGCCGCCGUCGAAAACAUCGCGACUCACCCAGUUCGCCCUUCGUGAUUUACGUGUGUGUUUUUUUUUGUGAUUUGACAGUGGAGUUAUGUUUAUUUGCCGAAAUUGAAACAGAUUAAAAUGAACAUGCUCCGCCAAACAUCAUGGACCAAGCAUUUGAUAUCAGUGGCAUGAGACAAGCACCAUGGUGGGCUGGCUGGCUGCCUUCCCGUUCCUGCUGCUUCUGCACCACACCGAAAUGAGACCCGAGGAUGACCGAACCAAGCACCACCACCGACACAGACACAAAUCCGACCAGACCCAAGACUUCGCCCUAUUCCCCACCCUAUACAAACACGACCAGGUCUUCCCCCCCUUCCCUGAUAAACUAGCGUACCAGAGCUUAGUUUUAGAGGAAAGAAAACGUGACUGGAUUAACAUGUCUAAUGACCAAGUCGGGGAAAUGAAGGACAAGAAACAUCUUCACUGGCCAAUAAAAAGAGAGGCUGUCAUCGAAGGCGACCUUGUACUAGGUGGUCUGAUGAUGGUCCAUGAAAGGUCUGAUAACAUGACAUGUGGGCCAGUCAUGCCGCAGGGGGUACAAGCUCUGGAGGCGAUGCUGUAUACUCUGGAUUAUAUCAAUGAGUUGAAGUUGAUCCCUGGUGUGACCUUGGGAACUCAUAUUUUGGAUGAUUGCGAUAAAGAUACGUAUGGGCUGGAGAUGGCAGUGGAUUUUAUCAAAGGGUCAAUAAGCAACAUCGACGAUGCUGAAUACGCGUGCAACGCUACUGCGGUGAGGAAGGUGAUAUCUGGCGUGGUGGGAGCGGCCUCCAGCGUUACCUCGGUCCAAGUUGCCAACUUGCUUAGGCUCUUCAAGAUACCGCAGGUGUCGUUCUUCUCAACGUCUCCCGAGCUGUCGAACAAGGCCCGCUUCGAAUACUUCACUCGGACCAUACCUUCAGAUCUGUUCCAAGUUCGGGCCAUGGUCGAGAUAGUGAAGAAACUCAACUGGAGCUACGUGUCCAUCAUUUAUGAAGAGUCCAGCUAUGGUAUCAAGGCAUUUGAGGAACUAGAAGCGUUACUGGGAAGGAGUGGGAUCUGCAUCGCAGUGAAAGAGAAGCUGGUAAAAGACUCCGGUGUGGCUGCAGAGACGGUGUAUGAUGGCAUCGUGCAGAAGCUGCUGACCAAGCCUAGGGCGAGAGGAGCAAUAAUCUUCGGCUCAGACCAAGAAGUGGCUGGCGUGAUGCGUGCCGUGGAGCGCAUCAACGCUACUGGCUCAUUCUCAUGGGUGGGAUCCGAUGGGUGGAGCGCGCGUUCACUUGUUUCUGAUGGCAACGAACGGGCGGUAGAAGGCACCAUCAGUGUCCAGCCGCAGGCGAAUGAUGUCAGCGGCUUUAAGGAGUACUUCCUAAGUCUCAAUGCGAGGGACAAUAAGAGGAACCCGUGGUUUGUGGAAUUCUGGGAAGCCCACUUCCAAUGCCGGUACGAAGGCAGUCCGCGGACACCGUACAACGUGAAGUACACGAAAACGUGUACUGGGCGGGAGCGACUCACCGAGGAUAACACCGAGUUCGAGGGACAACUGCAGUUCGUGUCUGAUGCUGUUAUGGCGUUCGCUUAUGCUAUAAGAGAUAUGCACGCGGAAGUUUGCGGAAGGCCAGGCUUGUGUGAGGCCAUGAGGCCGGCAAGCGGGUCGGAACUAUUGCGCUUCCUGAGAAAAGUGGAGUUUACUGGUCUAAGCGGCGAUGAGUUCCGCUUCGAUAGCAACGGGGACGGACCGGCCCGCUACAACAUCCUACACUUCAAGCAGGUCUCCAGGGGAAACUACAGGUGGCUGAAGGUCGGAGAGUACCUGGAUGGCGAGCUACAGCUGGACCUGGAUGAAAUCCAAUUCAAAUUGGACUCCCGUCGGCCUCCUGAGUCCGUCUGCAGCGCCGAGUGUGAACUGGGACAAGCCAAGCAGUACGUCGAAGGGGAAAGCUGCUGCUGGCAUUGCUUCAAUUGCACACAAUAUGAGAUCCGUUCACCGGAGGUAGAAACGGCGUGCGUCGUCUGUAGUCGGGGCACACUACCUGAUCCGACUAGAACCCACUGCAUGCCUAUACCUGAGGCAUAUCUACGGCCCGACUCAGCUUGGGCCAUCGGAGCCAUGUCGUUCUCUUCUGUUGGCAUCUUGGUUACAGCGUUCGUGUGUGGCGUAUGGGUUCGGCACAGUUCGACGCCAGUCGUGCGCGCGAGCGGGAGGGAGCUAUCGUACGUCCUGCUUGCCGGCAUACUGAUGUGCUACCUCGUCACAUUCGCGCUGGUCUUCCGUCCCACGGACAUACUGUGCUCUAUUCAAAGAUUCGGCACCGGUUUCUGCUUCACGGUGGUAUACGCAGCGUUACUGACGAAGACUAAUCGCAUCUCUCGCAUUUUCAACGCUAGCAAGCACUCGGCUAAGCGGCCUAUCCUCAUAUCACCGAGCUCGCAGCUCGCGAUAUGUGCGGGACUAGUGUCUAUACAGGUGCUAAUAGUAGUGGUGUGGAUGAUAGUGGCCCCGGCCAGGGCCAUGUUCCACUACCCAACUCGCGAAGACAACAUGCUAGUAUGCGACUCGUACGUGGACGCAUCGUACAUGAUCGCGUUCUUCUACCCCAUUGUGCUGAUCGUCAUCUGCACAGUAUACGCUGUGCUGACCCGCAAGAUACCGGAGGCGUUUAACGAGAGCAAGCAUAUUGGAUUCACCAUGUACACAACCUGCGUGAUCUGGCUAGCCUUCGUGCCUCUCUACUUCGGUACCGCGAGCCACGUGCCCCUCCGAGUCACCAGCAUGGCUGUCACCAUAUCACUUAGUGCCAGUGUCACGCUGGUGUGCCUGUUUUCGCCUAAGUUGUACAUAAUCCUGAUCCGGCCUGAACGCAACGUUCGCCAGAGCAUCAUGCCUGUCCGCUACAGCAGGAAACCAGUUCCCACGCAAUCCGUGCCCCGCUCUGCAAGCAAGAGAGCAAUAUGUGCCGACAAAGAAACCCAAACAGACCCAGCAGACUUCACCAAGCUCGCCAACGGCCAAUCGUGCCAACUAGUCGACAAACAGAAGGAGAAAGAAGAAAAAAUUAGCAACAUCAAGAUAAUCAAUAACAAGCCAGAGGCGUUAUAGCAACGAGAUUCCACGAAAUCGCUGAAUGACCCUAGAGUUAAUAAUAACGAAGUUUUUAAACGGCGAUCGUGUUCUUGCAAGGGCAGGGCACGGCAACCGGUUGUUGUGUAAUUUGUUUUCUUUACACCUUACAAUGAAGUUCAAAUACCUAUACAUAAUUCAAAUAAAAAUUCCCACUUGGUCGCUGGCUAUAACAAUUUUUGAGUAUAAAAAUACAAGCUAAUUUUCCUUUCUGUAAGCGACAAAGUGAGACCUUUAAAUCUACUUCGACAUAUUUUCGUUUAGAAUUCAAGAAAGGUAUCAAGUACGAAACACUCGUUUUUUAACACUUCUAAUAAAGCUGUAAUAUGCCGAUAUUUUGCACGAUGUUUUAUAAAAUAACUUUAAUUUCAACGGUAAUACAUAAGUACAGAUUUCUCCAGGUUACUAAAGUAGCUAACCAAUUUAAUCAUGCUAGUCACGUUACAGUAUACCUUAUUGUGGAAUGCCCCUUUUAAAUCUUGUUAAAGAAAGUUGAAAUCUCAUUACCAAUUUGAUUAAUGAAUAUCAAACCUAUCUCGGGUUUUAAUUGUGACUGGUUUUAUGAGCUUCAUUAGGGUCUCUUCGUCAAUCCCCAUUACAUGAUAGGCUUUAUUUUACAUUAAUUGCGUAGUAGGGACUUUAUUCUAACCUUCUCGCCUAUGUAUUAGUAUUUUUUCGUGGUUAAGACAAAAAAAAAUGCAAUAAGUGACCACACAUGGACCAUGCAUAAUUAUUAUGGUUAUAAAGAAUACAUAAUUACUUUUUUAAACUUUCGGCCCAUUCCAU